CCUCUCUUUUCCCUCUCCCUCCACCCCUCCUCUCUCCCUCCACCCCCAGAUCUACCUGCGUUUCCUGGACUAUGAGAUGCAGAACAGUAACGAGUGUAAGCGUAACUUCGUGGCGGUGUACGACGGCAGUGCGUCCGUGGAGGACCUGAAGAACAAGUUCUGCUCUACGGUGGCCAACGACGUGAUGCUGGUGUCCACCACGGGGGUGAUCAGGAUGUGGGCCGACCAGGGCAGCAGAAGGAGCCACUUCAGGAUACUCUUCACCACCUUUCAAGAACCUCCAUGCGACCCGGGUGCCUUCUUCUGUCACAGUAACAUGUGUAUCAACAACAGCCUGGUGUGUAAUGGUAUUCAGAACUGUGUCUACCCCUGGGACGAGAACCACUGCAAAGAGAAGAGGAAAGCUAACAUCCUGGACAACCUGAACAACACCAACGGCACCAUCAUCGGCGUCACCUGCUGCAUCGUCCUCAUCCUCCUCAUCGUGUCGGUCAUCGUUCAGAUCAAACAACCCAGGAAGAAGUACAUCCUCCGGCGCGAGGACUUUGACCCCACGAUGUUCCAGGAGGUCUUCGAGCCGCAGCAUUAUGGUCUCUGCACGUUACGCAGCACCACGCAUGCCACCGACGCUUCGACGGAUCUAGCGGAUCUAGCAGAGGACUUGGAGAACUACCACGCGCUGCACCGCUCGUCCUCGCGCUGUGUCCAUGACCAUCAUUGUGGAUCCGCCUCCAACCCGGGUUCCGCCCACCUGUCCCAGCUGUCACUCAGUGGGCGGGGAAGCCGUGGGAACCUGAGCUCACGCGAGGCCGCAGCCCUCCUCACGGACCUUCCACCGCAGUCGGUACGGCCGCUGCUGCCCAGCGUUGCCACAGGGAACCGGCGCAGCAUCCUAGUGAUGAAGCACAGCUACUCGCAGGAAGCGGCCGACAAUGGGUGUGACCUCGACGACGACCUGGAAGAGGUUCCCACAACGAGCCACCGACUGUCGCGUCACGAGAAGGCAGUCCAGCGGUUCUGCCUCAUUGGCUCUUUGAGCAAACACGAAUCAGAAUACAACACGACUAGGGUCUAAGACAAUCUCAAGGUA